UUGUUACUUGUUCGUCACUAAAAAGUUGUGAGUUUAUCUUUCUUUCUUUUCACAGCGGAAAAGAGGAAGAAGCAUAUAGCUGAGCUCUUCGUACAUCGUACAUCCGUUCUUCGAACCCUAAAGCUAUUAGAACAUCCGCGUUCUCUUCAUCACUCAGGUUGGGUGUAUGCAGAAUGUCGUCUGUGUCUAGUCAGCCUCAGUUUCGGUAUACGCAACCCCCAUCCAAGGUUCUCCAUUUAAGAAAUUUACCGUGGGAAUGCACGGAGGAGGAGCUGAUUGAAUUGGGGAAACCAUUCGGUAGAGUUGUCAAUACAAAGUGCAAUGUUGGAGCAAAUAGAAAUCAAGCAUUUAUAGAAUUUGCAGAACAAAACCAAGCUAUUGCAAUGAUAUCAUAUUAUGCUUCAUCAUCAGAGCCAGCUCAGGUACGGGGGAAAACAGUGUACCUACAAUAUUCCAACAGGCAAGAGAUAGUGAACAACAAAACCACUGCGGAUGUUGCUGGAAAUGUACUGUUAGUGACAAUUGAGGGAAAUGAUGCACGCCUUGUCAGCAUUGAUGUUUUGCACUUGGUGUUUUCAGCUUUUGGAUUUGUGCAUAAGAUCACUACAUUUGAAAAGACUGCUGGAUUUCAGGCUCUGGUGCAAUUCUCUGAUGCAGAAACUGCUACUUCUGCAAAGGAUGCCCUUGAUGGAAGAAGCAUUCCUAGCUAUUUAAUUCCAGAUCUUGGACCAUGUUCCCUCAAAAUCACAUAUUCUGCUCACACUGAUUUGAGCGUAAAGUUUCAGAGUCAUCGUAGCAGGGACUAUACCAAUCCUCACCUUCCUGUUGCUCCCUCAGCUAUAGAUGCAAGUGGUCAGUUCACUGUUGGUCUAGAUGGAAAGAAACUGGAUCCCGAGAGUAACGUUCUUCUUGCUGCUAUUGAAAACAUGCAAUAUGCAGUUACCGUGGAUGUCCUGCAUACAGUUUUUUCAGCUUUUGGGCCUGUCCUAAAAAUUGCCAUGUUCGAUAAGAAUGGGGGUCUUCAGGCUUUGGUCCAAUAUCCUGAUGUCCAGACAGCUGUUGCUGCAAAGGAUGCCUUGGAAGGACACUGCAUAUACGAAGGAGGAUUUUGCAAGCUUCAUAUUACUUAUUCUCGGCACACUGAUCUCAGUAUAAAGGUCAACAAUGAUCGGGGCAGAGAUUAUACCAUUCCAAACGCUCCCAUAAUGAGCUCUCAACCCCCAGUGCUUUUGGGACAGCAACAAUCUCCAACCGGAGGUCCUAGUGCUCAUCCAUACAAUGCAACUCAGUACGCUUCAGCUCCCAAUGUUUAUGCAGCUCCUCAGGCUGCUUCUUCGUGGAACUUUGUCGGUGCUGCCGGACCCCCACCUAUGUCCAUGCAGAUGCACAAUCCUCCUUACAUGGCACCUGCAAAUGUGCACAACCAAAACAGACCCGCCAUGCCUCCAUAUCAGCUUCGAUAGCAAUGACUGGAAUAAAUUUUGCUGAGAGAACUCGUUAGUUUUCCUGAACAAGCUGUGUAACCAAAUAUGGAAUCUUUAAUCAGGCUAAACUGAUAUACUUAUUUCAUGUUUGCACCCUUUUCUUCAGAAGUUUAUGUAAGGGCAUAUUAUUGUAGGCCCUUACACCUUCCAGUAUUCAUACUGUUAAAGUGUUAAGGAAAUGCUGCUCUUAUUCAGAAAA